AAGUUUCAUGGCAUUGCGCAUGCGCAAUGUUGUUUUGUUGAUUUGAUAACCGAAUAUACUCAUAUAGAUAACAAAAUAUGAUGCUUAUAUGACACCUAAUAAUUGCAGCUUCUCGCCAUAACAUCAACAGAUCAUGAUGGAGGCAAUAUGGAACUUACAGUUCGAUGGAAUGACGCUUGUCUUCUAUUUCAUUGUUACUAUUUUAAGCUUGACUUUCUUAUGGUACUUUGUUAUUUUGCCGCCCAGAAUAAGAAAGCAUCUUGAUAAAUUGCCAGGGCCGAUUAGCGUCCCUUUUCUGGGCUGUACCUGGGACUUUAAGUGGGAGCAUUCAGCUUUCUAUAAGCAAAUAAAGGAGAAAGCCGAAAAUUUUCGUGAUUCUGGCAUAAUAAGACUCUGGAUAGGUCAUGUGCCCUAUGUGAUAAUUUUCCAGGCAGAUUACGUUGAAAAGUUAUUAUCCAGCUCGAGAUUAAUUACAAAAUCGGAUGAUUACAGCUAUCUGUUACCAUGGCUAGGUACAGGAUUAUUAACAUCCACUGGUAGGAAAUGGCACGAACGUAGGAAAUUACUGACACCAACCUUUCAUUUCCGAAUACUCCAAGAUUUUGUAGAAGUUUUUAAUGAGCAAGCUGAAAUAAUAAUAGAAAAGUUGAAGAGCAGUGCAGAUACAGGAAAAUCUGUGGAUAUUUUCAAGCAAAUGGGUUUAUGCGCUCUGGAUAUCAUUUGUGAAACUGCCAUGGGGAAAAAUGUUAAUGCCCAGCAUCACGAGAAUUCUGAUUAUGUAAAAGCCGUGUCAGAUACUUGUAAAAUUGUUCAUAGGCGUCAAAAGUUUCCAUUUUUAUGGCCUGAUGCUAUUUUCAAUGCAUUAUCUUACGGUAAAAUAUUCAGAAAAAGUGUAAAAAUCCUUCAUGAUUUCACUACAAAUGUAAUUAAAGAACGAAAGAAAGAUCUCAUAGAUCGCUUUGGCCCAAAUCUAAAAGAGCUUGAUUAUGAGCAGAUAUCAAGCAACGGAAAGAAAAGGUUGGCUUUCCUCGACCUUCUUUUGUGCUCUGAGGGCUUGCAAGAGGAAGAUAUUAGAGAGGAAGUUGAUACUUUUAUGUUUGAGGGGCAUGACACAACCGCCGCAGCCAUGACUUGGGUUUGUUAUCUUUUGUGUAAGCAUCCCGAGAUUCAGGAGAAAGUUCACGAGGAACUUGAUGCUAUAUUUGGCCAAAGUCCCAGGUCUGCUACGUCAGACGAUAUAAGAGAGAUGAAAUACUUGGAGUGUGUCAUCAAGGAGUCAUUAAGAUUGUUUCCUUCUGUACCGAUUUUUGGACGAAUACUAACUGAUAAUUGUCAAUUUGGGGAUUAUCUUGUACCUAAAGGAACAACAGCUUUGGUCGUUGUCCCUAUUUUGCAUACUAAUGAACAUCAAUUCCCUGAUCCGAAAACGUUUAAUCCAAGUCGAUUCUUGUCGGAAAGUGCGACCUCAAGGCACCCGUACGCUUAUGUUCCAUUUUCGGCUGGUCCGAGAAAUUGCAUUGGGCAGAAGUUUGCCAUGAUGGAAGAAAAGGUUGUUCUUAGUUCAAUUUUAAGAAGAUUUAAACUAGAACUGGCUAGAGAUGACGUUGAACCGAGCGCCGAACUCAUCUUAAGACCAGCUGAUGGAGUUCACAUAAAACUAAACUAUAGAAAUUAGAGACAGUUUUAAAUUAAGACUGAGUUUGUCACAUGAUAAUUUUUUGGCAAGAUAUAAUCUCUAUGUCCUAUUUUAAGGCACUAUUUUAAUGUUUUAAAGUAGAAUAAUUUCUUUAAUUAAAAAUACUAAAAUUUUAUUCAGUUUACUUAGAUUUCCUCAUAAAAUCACUAAGGGGAAAAGCUUUUAAUAAAUAUUGAUAGAUUUCCUAUUUAAAUCCUAUAGCUCAAUGUCUGUUAUAGAUUCUUACACUGAAUUUUUGUUGACAUUAUUAGGAAAAAGCAAUAAGAAGUAAUAAUAAUAAAUCACGUAAAGGAAGGUCUCAGUUUUCUGUUUUGUUCUAGAAAGAAAAAUAAGACUUUUUCUAUUUAGGUUUUUGCUUCUCUUUUAUAUCUCAAUUAGUUUAGAAAGUAUUAUUUACACUCAUUCAUUUCCAGGUAAUAAGAAGUAAUGUUAUUGAUAAGCAUUUUCUAUAUUUUCUAUCUAUUCUAUAUAGAUUGUAAGAGUGUUUUAGAGAUAUG